GCCUCGUUCUUGCCUCGUUCUGGCCUCCUCCUCGCGACUUGCCUAUCGUUCGACUUGCUCGAUCGCAUCUCCUCUGCGGCCUUCCCCACCCAGUCCCUGUAUCUAGCUUCUGCGUUUCCCCAGGCUCGGCAGCUCCUCGGCAACCCCCAGGCAACUCCGAGACGACUUUCCUACUCUCGUCGACUCAGUUCCGGAUCCUGCACCCGCUUUUGCCCUGAACACUCAGCUCGUCUCAACCAUGACCAAAAGCGCUCGGAACUCGACUCUUGUUCUGCUGAGGCCCAGCCAAACCGAUGACUACGACCUGACUCUCGGCAUAUUUGUGACCCGGUUCCACACCAUCAAGGGCAACCUGAUCGAGUUCAGCUAUCCUGAAACCUACGAUUUUCAUCACGUCGAGUAUUCGAGUCUGCCGAGCGGCUCGCAUCUGAUCCGACGAGACGUUGUGUACUUUGCCCAUGGCACCAACUUUGGCAUCGCUGUUAUCGAAAAGCUCGACGUCGAGGAGGAUUCGCCAGUGAGCGAGCGUGAGCGAGGAUCAAGAACCAAGGCUAUCGGCAUCAUCGGCUCAUCCUACGACUCGCUGCAUCGACACAUUCCCUUUUUGUCCGCUCAAGUCUCUCUCUUUGUACAAAACCGGGGAUCGGUCGACGAUCUCAGAGCCUAUUUGAAGGAGCAGCAGCGACAGAGCCUAUCAAUGGCAACUGUCCCGUUCGCUGACUCGAUCGGACUCCCUUACCUCAACUCGAACCAUCCGCUCGUUCACUUUGUCAAGUUUGUCCAGUACUUUGGCAGCAGCAUCUUUGUCAUCUGGAAAUACGCUCUACUACAGAAGCGUAUCUUGUUCCAUUCUAUGCCUCCUGUCGAGCACCUGGUUAAUCAUGUCUUGUUCACCAAACUUCUGACGCUCAACUCCAUACCGAGCUUGGAUAUCCGAAUGAAUCCGCUUUUUUACGUUACGCUCGUCGAUGUGGACAAGCUCGCCCAGUCGAAUUCGUAUUGUGCCUGCACAACCGACGCUAUCUUGGAGACAAAGUCGCACCUGUACGAUGUCUUCAUCAAUAGCCAGCAGUUUGUCUACUCGAACAUUCCUGCCCCGAUUGUUAUUCCUGCGCCGGUGCCGUCACCGUCACCGACGCCACUGCCUGCGAACAUCUCGCCCGCGACAGCAUCUGGAAAUAUUUCAGGCUCCUCGAAACCGCGGUUUUUGCGCUUCAGCGGCUCGAUCGGGUCGCUGACGAACGGUGUCAAAGAAAAGCUGACCAACACCCUGUCGCAAGGCUCAAAAUCGGAACAAGCUCUGGAUUACACCCUGUCACGCACGAGCUCACAGUCGCAGCUUUCACGAGAUGCAUCCACAGUACCAGGAGCACCAGGAGCACCAGCAACAGCGACAACGGCGGCAGCAGGGCCAGCACUGGCUGUCAGCGGGGCCGCCUUUGGUCCCUCGAGCAGUUCACUGAAUCCAUCAUCUCCUCCGGGAUCUCCGAACCUGAAUCGCGCAAGUCCAAAGCUGCGGAAGUAUUCGCCCAGCGAAUACGACAAGCGAAGGUUUGAAGAUCUGGAAAAGAUCAUCCAGGAUACCCGAGCCGAGUACGAAGCCUCGGAGAAACGACUGGCGGGCCGUGUCUCCGAUGACGAAACAUACUCAAUCGACAGCGUGGAGAUCAAAACCGCUGUCAAACUGAUGCAAUACUUUCAAUAUCUCAACACUCACAUCUUUGGAACGCUCGAGGAAAUAUCCCAGUCGAGCACGCCCCACCUGGACGUCUCGCAGAUCGGUGUGAUCAUCGGUCUCGAUCCGAUCCAGGACAUUGGCUUUUUCAAGGAUCUGAUCCGAUUCUACGACUUCCGAGUCGAGAUUGUCACCAAAGGCAGCGGGCAGUCGAUCCUGAAAGCCUGGAACGGUGCCCUGAAAGCCAUCCGCUCAGGCAAAUGAGUCGCCAUUUGUAUUUCCAAAGUCAACGACACGGGCGGGCCAGAUCCCCAUUCCUUGUCUUUCCUCACCCUUCCUCCAAUCGUUAUACUGCCUCUCUUCUCCGUUGCCACACUGCACAAGAGUGCCUUCCUCUUGGCUCCCUCUCUUUCCUUUGCUCCAACCCCCACUUCGUUGGCUCCGGGCUGCCGUACAAAGGCACUCAUAAUUUAGAUACGGCCGACUUUUGAAAUCAGCGACAAUCGUCUUCCUCCACCCCCCCCCACACCCACAAGUCCUUCCCCUCUGCUCACUCCGCCUCGCCCACCAUCCGCACAAUAUAUACACAUAUAUAGC